AUGAGUAAUGCCACGCAUGCCUUGCCCUCUCCUGUGGCAACCGGCACCCUGGAGCCCAGCACAGCAGCCAGGCUGGCCUCAGCUCCCCCAUCCCCAGCCCUCGUCCUGCUCACGGCUGCCCACAAUGACUCUGAGGAUGGCCAGCAGCUUUUCCUGACCACGACAGCAGCACAGGCCAUCUCCGGCAUCUUUGUGUGGUCGGCACUCAUCGUCACCUUCCACCAGAUCUACACACACCUGAAGAAUUACACGGUCCCCAAGGAGCAGCGCUACAUCAUCCGCAUCCUCUUCAUCGUGCCCAUCUAUGCCUUCGACUCCUGGCUCAGCCUCCUCCUCCUCGGCAGCCACCAGUACUACGUCUACUUCGACUCAGUGCGCGACUGCUAUGAAGCUUUUGUGAUUUACAGCUUCCUGAGCCUGUGCUUCGAGUAUCUCGGGGGGGAAAGCACCAUCAUGUCAGAGAUCCGAGGGAAGCCGAUUGUGUCCAGCUGCUUUUACGGGACCUGCUGCCUUCAGGGCAUGUCCUACUCCAUCGGGUUCCUGCGCUUCUGCAAGCAGGCCACGCUGCAAUUCUGCAUCGUGAAACCCCUCAUGGCGAUCGUCACCAUCAUCCUGCAGGCGUUCGGGAAGUACCACGACGGGGACUUCAAUGUCCAAAGUGGCUACCUCUACAUCACCAUAAUCUACAACUUCUCGGUCAGCCUGGCACUUUACGCCCUUUUCCUCUUCUAUUUUGCCACCAUGGAUCUGCUGCGCCCUUUUAAACCAGUCCUCAAGUUCAUCACCAUCAAGGCAGUCAUCUUUCUCUCCUUCUGGCAAGGGACGCUGCUUGCAAUCCUGGAGAAAUGCGGAGUGAUCCCUGAAGUUCAGAUCAUUGAUGGGAAGGAGGUGGGAGCUGGGACAGUAGCUGCUGGCUACCAGAACUUCAUCAUCUGCAUUGAGAUGCUCUUUGCUUCCAUUGCCCUGCGCUAUGCAUUCACCUGCCAGGUGUACAGAGAAAAGAAAGAAAACUCCACAGCAAACCUUGCCCCAAUGCAGAGCAUCUCGAGCGGGCUGAAGGAGACCAUAAGCCCCCAGGACAUCGUGCAGGACGCGAUCCACAACUUCUCCCCUGCGUACCAGCAGUACACCCAGCAGUCAAUGCAGGAGGCAGAGCGCAAAGCACCGGGGGAGAACGGGCACACGGCCUCCAGGGCAGAGGGACUGAGUGGCAGAAAGAGCAAAAACAUUGAGAAGAGAGUUCUGAUCCUGUCGGACGAGGAGCUGUAG